CAUUUUAUUUAUCAUUUCUUCUCUUUCAAUAUACGAAAUUUCUAAACGGAUGCAAAUUUUAAUAUGCCUAAUAUUAUGUCCAAAAGUAAUUAUGUGAGGUUUUUGAUGAAUAAAUGAAUUAUAUAAUCUAAAUUAUUUUAAGAAAAAAGAUUUAUUUAAUUAUAAGCUAUAUAAAUGUAGAAGAAUUAGACAGCAACUACGAAUUACAUUGUCAAUUUGACAGUAAUACGAAUUGUAUUUGUUUUCAUAUUAUAGGAACUUAUUUAUUCAUCAAAACAACAAGUUUGAUUCUAGAAUAAAGUAUGAUUUUCUUCUAAAAAAAGCAUGAUAUGUGUUCGUAGUAAUGUUAUUAUUUUAGAUGUCAUGAAUUUUUCUGCACAGGAAUUUAUGUUUGAAAGACAGCGGAUACGACAAUGGGUUCCCCUUAUUACACAGCAGUAUCGUUUGAGACAUGUCUAUCAAAUAAUUGGGAUAAACUUGGGAGACAAUGGAGUAGGUAGGUUUUACUAUACCCUCCAUUUGACGACAAUGUGCGCGCCUUUUUAUACAAGUGAAGAAGUUACUAAUCCAAAUCCUAAAUGGACGGAAUUAAACCCAAAAGACAUCCCAAACCUCUCAGCUUCUUGUAUAGCUUUAAGGAUAUGGCAGCACAGUAAAAAUGGUGCAGAUCGGAUUUUAGUAACAUGGGGCAUUAAUUUCUCAGGCCUUUGUUAUAUCGGAAAUAAAAUUUCGGAUAUACAGCCAUAUUUCUUUAAAAAAAAUACUGUGAUAUUUUGUAUGCAAGGAGGAUUCUAUACUAGUCACCAAGUUAUAAGAACAGACUUACAAAAACCUAUACCAUUUUUAAAUAACAUUAAUCUCAUAGAUACUUCUAAUAAUAAGGUUAUCUAUAAGAGAGUAGCUAUUAAGGCUUGCAGUCAAGAUGUGCAACAUAGUUAUAGUGUGGAUAAAUUAAGAUAUUUGCAGCAGCUACAAAUGCAGAUAAGAAAUAUAGAAGCUGACGUUCAGAACAUUAGAGAUAAAAUUAAUGUCCUAAAUUCUACAGCCACCAGGGACAAGGAUGUUCCUCAUCAUUCUACAACUUUAGCAAAUGUUAGAUACGCCCCACAAUUAUUAACUAUGAAUUCUUUGAAUAAAAUGUUACAGCAAAAACCAACAUAUGUACAGAAGCAAGAAAUGGCAAAAAUUAGUAAAGAACUGGAAAUAGGAAAAUUCAAAAUAAAACUACUUUCUCAAGAAAGAGACAAAAAAACUGUGAUAAUUAGAACACUAAAACAAAGAUUCAUGGAUUUAUUAGAGAACAAUGAAGAGAGAAAUUCUGAUUUGAUGGAAAAUUACCACAAGCUGAGCAGAGGUUCUGAGAAACUGAAAGAAUAUAAAAAAAACAUUCUACAUCAUAGAGAGAUUUAUUCAACUAUUUAUUGCCAGCUUCAACAGAGACGAAGACAAUUAUUGAAAGAAUUACUAUUUAUAUUUCCAAUAGAGAAGAAUUCUGAAGACAAGUACACCAUCAUGGGAAUUACACUGCCGAAUUCCGAUUUAUUAGCUGAUUCUACUGAUAGUGGGCUCUCUGUUGCUCUAGGCUAUAUAGCUCACAUUCUAAUAAUGUGUUCAACCUUUCUUCAAGUACCGAUUAGGUAUCCCAUAACCCACUAUGGUUCCAGAUCAUACAUAACUGAUAACGUUUCACCUUCACUUUCAGAUAAAGAAAGACAUUUUCCUUUAUAUACGAGGGGUAAAGAAAAAAUUCAUUUCACUUAUGCUGUUUACCUGCUCAAUAAGAAUAUCGCUCAGUUCCGUUGGUUAUUUUAUAUGAACACAGUAGAACUCAAAGCGACUCUCUAUAAUCUCUUAACGUUCCUACAGAACCCUAGAGAAAUAAAAAUAGAUGCUUCUUCUUCUUCUUUGAAGCAAUACGAGAUACGACCAGUAAAGAAGUUAGACAUUGAUCAAGUGGUUAGUCUACGUAGUUUUAAUUCUAUCUCGAACGUAUCCGAUCCGCUUUUAGAUUGUAUAAGAUUGGAAAAUCGAUUAAAAACGUCCCAAAGUCCUAGUAGGAUAGAAAAGAAAUCUGGUGGGAAAAAAUGCGGAGAAUGCGGUAAAGGUCUGAGUGAAAUCCUUGCUGUACCAGAAGCUUAUUUAAACAAGCAGAUCAGCUCGGAAUCUUUCAGAAAUUUUAUGAUGAAAGGAAGAGGAUUGGAACCAAAUACAGUUUGUUGUGAUAGUAGUGGAGCAAUAAAGAUAACCAGUGGUAAAGAAAUUCCUGUAGAUUCUUCAAAACAAGUUUCGAUAGAACAAGGUCAAGAUCCUUUGGCAUCUACUUCUUUACCUAUAUUCGGAGCUACCGAUAGUAAUUUGAGAAAUGAAUUGAAUAGUUGCAAAAGUUAUACUAAUAACAGAAUCAGUCGAUCUGUCGGUUCCUAUUCGGAUGACGACGCCGGUUUAGUUUUGAAAACAAAUUUUGAAGUCGGUUCAGAACCGGUACUAAACAUUAAUUCCAAAGAAAAUCAAGAAAAAGCAGAAAAUAGGAAAGAUCGAAAAGAAAUUUGGUUAGAAAGUUAUUCUGGCUUUGAAGAAACGUUAUCAAGAACUGCGAGUUAUGAGAAAAGUCCUUUGACGACUAGAACGAACGCUUUGCGUACAAGUACUACAUUCAAUUUGGUCAAACCAAAAUAAGUUUCAAUAUUUAAAUGUCAAUUUUUUUGGCAAUCAAUAAAUUUUUUACUUGAUAAACCCUUUGUUAGUUACCCAGUGAGCAGAAAUUCCUGCAGCGUUUGAUACACAUGUACCAUGGACUACAAGAGUAUUUCUAUAAACGUUAGGAGAUUAAGAAAAAACUAUUAAUAUUAGAAAAAAUGAUUUUUUUUAUCUCAGACGUGAAGAACUACCAUUUUCUUCAGGUUAACUGCUUAUAAAAUUUUUAGAAAUAUAAUUUCUCGAAAUUAGAAUUUUCGAAUUCAAUAAAAACAUGUCUAGAGAAGACAUUUGUAUUUAAUUUUAUUUCAAACUACUUAAUAUAUAAAUUGAAAAUUCCAAAAUUAUGUUUUACCAAAGUAACUAUUUAAUUAGGUAUCAUAAUAUCACUUGUUUUUCUGUUGGAUUGCCAAUAUAAAAGUUAUAAUUUGAAACUUGUGUAUAUUGAAAUAAAAUUCUAGAAAAAAUUGCAUUUUUUUCAUUUUAAAACUUACCCUCAAUCAUAAUAUAGAAGGAGAAACAUAAUAUUACAAACUCGU